AUGGAGGUGACUGAGGAGGAUAGGGUAUUGGACCAGGAGGAGUUUAAUCGAUGGAUUGAGGUAAUUCACUCUUCUUCUUCCGCGAUUGAUGAAAACCUUAAAACUGAUGCAUGUUGUGCAACUCUUGUGUGCUACAUUUUAUGUGCCAAGCCACCUCUGGCAAUCAUUAAUGGGUUUGUUCGAAGAGUUAGGGGUAAGUUUGGGGUGGACAAGGAUACCGGUGAUCAUGAAGAAAUGGUCUCAGGGUUGAAUCUUGCUGAGGAAACUAUUGAUGAGGUUCCAGUUUGGAUUCGAAUGGCAGGAUUAGAUUUGAAGUUUUGGGGGCAGAAUGCUUUAAUGAAAUUGGCUUCUCUGGUGGGUAAACCUGUCAGAACUGAUAAGGAAACCGCUACAAAGGAGAGGUUGGAUUUUGCUAGAAUAAUGGUGGAGUUCAAGUUCAAUGUUGUAUUGCCGGAUCAUAUUGAGUUUUUGGAUGAGAAUGGGCAAAAUGUGAAUCAAAAAAUAGAAUAUGAGUGGAGACCUGUUGUUUGUAAGGUGUGUGAGGGUAUGGGGCAUGCUGAUCCUCAUUGCCCUAAUCACAAGGUGCAAGCCUGGAUGAAGCAGAAGGUCCAACCAAAGAAGGAAUGGAGACCAGUGAUUAAGAAGAGCUCUAUGCAACAAAAGGAACCAGUGCAUGGGAACAGGAUAAACGGUAGUAAUGCUGAUAAUGUGGCUUUAGGGCAGAAUAACACUAGGAUUGAUGUUGGAAAAAGUUUUAGAAGUGAAAUAGCUCUUGGACAGGGACUGAAUAUGCCUAGCAAACUAUGUGAUGUCUUAUGGUUUAUGAGGCAGCAGAGUAUAGGUUUUUUUGGUCUUCUAGAAACCAAGGUGAAGAGGAAUAAGUUUGGGAAGGUGUUUGCUAGAAUGGGUAAUGAUUGGGCUGAGACUCAGUUGGUGCACUGCACAGUUGUUCAUAAAGCAACUAGUAUUGGCUUUGAGGUUCCUUGGAUGGUGGGUGGAGACUUUAAUAAUGUGUUGCACUUAGAUGAUAGAGUUGGAUCUGUAGUUUCUAUUGCUGAGGUGGAGCCAUUUAGGCAAUGUCUAAGUGAUGCUAGCUUGUUUGACUGGAAAGCUGGAGGGAUGUUUUAUACUUGGAGUAAUAAGCAGGAUGGUUUGAAUAGAGUGAGCACUAAGACUGAUAGGGUCUUAGUCAAUAAUAGCUGGCUGGAUACCUUUCCAUAUAUGCAAGCUAAUUUUUUCCCUGGAUCAUUGCCCAUGUGUGGUGAAAUGGUUGAAAGAUGGUGUCCAAAUGAGGAAACCUCAACAUGUGGGUGGAUGCUCCUAGCUUUCUGGAUGAUGUUAAGGAUGCUUGGGGUGUAG